GCCAGGAGACCCCUCUUCCAAGCUCAGUCAUUUUUUUUCUGGGCUAACCAGGAGAACUAGGUUUAGGGGACCCGGACAAAAGGCAAAUUUAACAGUAAUUCCAGUAGAGUCGGUGCCUCGGACACGCAUCUUUCAGGGUAAAUCCGAUGGGGUGAGAGGGUGAAGGCAAGGGAAGGGUGCACUUUACCCAAGUGUGGCUCAGUCCCUGGUUCCUGAGAGGUGCAUUUCUGGGCUCAGUGCAGCAGCAAGACGGCUUCCUUUAAAUAACCCUCCAAUGAAGCCGCUUCCAGCGAACAUGAGGCUUCACGUACACUUCAAGCUAAUUGCUUUCUGCUAUAGGCGCCCGUCUAACCGCUAGCCGUACUGCUUCCUGUUAACUGCUGACCCGCAUCAUCUGACUCCUCCAGUUCAUGUUGCUCUCCCGUGUCACCCUGCUAGCUACAAUACCAUUGGAAUUCAAUCAGCCAUUCCAGUCCAAAGGAAUGUAUUUCACUUAUUGGCUGAAAUGUAUGAGAACAACACAGAACCUCCUUUGUUAUUCAAUCAACCGGAAUGUUUCCACGUCGAUGAUGAAUUUAUUCAGACACAAGAAUGCAAAACGGAUUGAAGGCCUGGAUAAGAAUUUGUGGGUUGAAUUUACUAAGUUGGCUGCUGCACCAGGGAUAGUUAAUCUUGGCCAGGGAUUCCCAGACAUGCUGCCUCCUCCAUAUAUAACAGAAGCCUUGGCUAACGCUGCAGCGGGUGAAAAUUUCAUGUUGAACCAGUACACGAGAGGAUUUGGUCACCCUCCAUUAGUGAAGGCACUUGCUGAACUAUAUGGACACAUAUGUGGACGUUCCAUCGAUCGAAAUAAAGAGAUUUUGGUAACCGUUGGUGCCUACGGUUCUCUUUCCCACUCGAUACAAGGACUAGUUGAUGAGGGAGAUGAGGUGAUUAUCAUUGAGCCAUUCUUUGACUGUUAUGUGCCAAUGGUUAAAAUGGCUGGAGGAAUCCCAGUCUUCAUCUCAUUAAAGCCUGUAAAAGAAAAGGUCGAGCAAGGCAUGAGCAACAGUGGAGAUUGGAGCCUCGAUGAAGAAGAACUUUCCAGUAAAUUUAAUUCUCGGACCAAAGCAAUAAUCAUUAACACGCCCAAUAAUCCAUUGGGCAAGAUAUUUAAAAUGGAAGAACUGAAGAUGAUCGCAGACCUGUGUAUUAAGCACGAUGUUCUCUGCAUCAGUGAUGAGGUGUAUGAGUGGCUCGUGUACAGUGGACAUAAGCACAUCAAAAUAGCAACUUUGCCAAGAAUGUGGGAAAGGACUAUUACCAUUGGAAGUGCUGGGAAGACUUUUAGUGUGACUGGUUGGAAGCUUGGUUGGUCUAUUGGUCCAGCGCAUCUGAUAAAACAUCUUCAGACUGUUCAACAGAACACUAUUUAUACUUGCAGCACUCCUAUUCAGGAAGCUGUUGCCGGAGGUAUUCAGAAGGAAUAUGGCCGCCUGACAGAUGAGGAUUGCUACUUCCUGUCUCUACCCCGUGAGCUGGAAGUCAAGCGGAACCGCAUGGCCCAGAUUCUUCUUGCUGUCGGGAUGAAGCCAGUCAUCCCCGAGGGUGGUUACUUCAUGAUUGUCGAUGUUUCCACGCUAAAUGUCGAUCUCCCCAAAAUGGAAGGGAAUGAGCCUUACGAUAACCUCUUCGUGAAGUGGAUGAUUAAAAACAAGCGACUGGCAGCUAUCCCUGUGUCCUCAUUUUUCAGUGACCAGGCCAAGAGCCAGUUUGAGAAGUACAUUCGCAUCUGCUUUAUCAAGCAAGACAGUACUUUGAAUUCAGCGGAGAGCAUUCUGAGAAACUGGAAAUAAAAGCUAUUGCUUCACUGACGGAGUAGCAAUCUACAUAUCAACCUGACCGGCCUUAAAUUUCUUUGAGUAAAACAGGUAGUCUUCCGCUCUUCCUUGCUUUCCUCAAAGCACUGAAUUGAACAGGUCAAAUUUUACAGGAACUGGGAGCCUGCUAAAUAUCAUCUGGCUUUUGAGGUUUCACCUGGAGAUGAUUGGUUCUACGAUACAACAAAACAUAUCCCUGCUGAAAUUGAUUUGGUACAAAUCUGGCGAUCAUCAUGAUUCUCUUCAAGCAAAUGAAAGUACUGAUGUAUAAGUAGAUUUCCUCCAGUUCUCAACCAGGGCAAGAUAUUAUGAACACUGUAAAGUUGUGGUUUCACUAUUCUGAACUUGAUGUUCCCAUUACAGUACCACUGGCUGCGGGAAAGGAAUUGGAAGUUCUACCCUCUGAUGUUUGUUUUUCUUCUUAUAUACCUUGAACAUGUGAUAUUUUUCAAACAAAUAUGGAAUCCUCAAUCUUUCCAACUCAGCCUCUGCUCUUUAUAUUGGGCUAAAUGAAUUAAAUGAAUGUCAUAAUGUCCCAGGGACUGCUUUCUCAUUAGAAAGAGAUAACUAAUGGUGAGUUUACCUGAGGAACUCCACACCUCUGGCAAAGGGUGAGAUUGAGAAGGCAGGAUCUCUAUGGUGACAUCAACUAGUAUGGGUAAUUGAGCCUACACCAUUAGGCACCACUUUCUAUUACAAAUCAACUAUCCAGCCACCAGACCUACCCAAGCUGCACUAUAUCAUGAAGGAAACCAAUUAUCCCUCUUUUGGAAUACUCCCCAGUUCAGUUGAUCUUAUAAGGGCCAUCAGUCAAGAAAAUAGACUUUUCCUAGCGCCUGGGUCAACACAUGAUUGAGAGUAGGCUGAAAAGCUGGUAUUGCAUUUAUGUUUCCUCUUCUGUACAGGAUAGAGUUGGGUAAUUCCCCAAAUUGUUGGGUAGAUGCCGGUAGCUGGAACAUCUUGGUUAUCAUCAUGGCAAUCUUUAAUACAUCUUCAGCACUAUAGCCAAAAUGUUCCCGAGGCCAUAACUUUUUGCCACAGACUGGCUCUGAGCUGUUUCUUGAAAUCACACGGAGUGAGUUGAUUGAGCAACAAAUCAAACUCUGUGAUGAUGGUAGCCUCAGGAGGAAGCCAUUAUGAAUCAUCCAUUCUGACUUAUGUUCAAAGAUGGCUUGAAUAACUCACUUUUGCUCCUUGCACUUGUGUUGGCUUCCAUCCUCACGGAGAAUGGAAACAUUCAUGGACAUUCAGUGGGUUUCUGAGAUAGGAGUGCUGUCCAACAAUGACAGGCAUUCUGAGAAUGAGCAAAGACUUGAUUAUAAUAUGCAAGGUUCUGAAGGGCUUAAUAGGACAAAUGCUGAGAUAAUGUGUCCCAUAGCUGACCAUCUAGAACACUCAGAUAAUUGUAAAUUGUUGAAAUAACUUGUUCCAGAGGAUGCUCCAUCAUUCAGUGUAUGCAUGGCUGAGAUUGACAGAUUUUUGACCUUUAGAGGAAUUGAGAGAUAUUUCAUGGAGGAAGUGAUGAAGUAAUAAUGUUACUAAGCUAGUAAUCCAGAGUUUCUGACUCAUGUUCUGGGGGCACAGGGUUUCAAUCACACCACAACUGAUUAUGAAACAUGAACUCAGUAAAAAUCUGGAAUUAAGUGUUUAUUUAAUUGUGUCUAUUUAACCACUGUUCAUUGUUGUCAACAGACACCUGGUUUGAAAGUGUCCUUUAGGGAAGAAAAUCUGCUAUUCUUACUUGGUCUAGCCCACAUGUGACUCCUGACCCACAGCAAUAUGAUGUCUCUGAAAUAGCCAAGAAAACCAUUCAAUUCAAGAACAAUAAAUACAGUCAUGGGAUCAAAAACAAAGUUGCUGAAAAAGCUCAGCAGGUCUGGCAGCAUCUGUGGAGGAGGAAAAAGAGUUAACAUUUCGGGUCCGGUGACCCUUCCUCAGUGACGAGGAUGAUCUUGGGCUACAGUCUGAUAUGAUCAACUAGUAAAUUGCGCUGAACCAUAAUGGAUGGAAUUUAAUUCUGAUAAGUGUGAGGUGACACAUUUUUGGAAAUUUUAUAAGGGAAGGAUAGACACAAUGAAUAGUAGUUCCAGGAAAGUACUGAGGAACAAAGGGACCUUGGUAUACAAGUCCAUAGAACCCUGAAGGUAUCAGCACAGGGAGACAGAGUGGUGAAGAAAGCAUAAGAGUUGCUUGCCUUCAUUAGUUGGGUUGUAGAAUUUAGGAGCAAGCAAGUCUUGUUACAACUUUAUAGAACAUUGGUUUGGCCACAGAUGGAAUACUGUGUUUAGUUCUGGUCACCAUACCAUCAGAAGGAAAUGAUUGCACUGGAGAAGGUGCAGAGGAGAUUCACAAAGAUGUUGCCUCGGAUGAAAUCUCAGUUAUGAAGACAGAUUAGAUAAGGUAGGGUUGUUUUCCAUGCGGCCAGUAGGUUGGGGGUGGGGUCUUAUUGAAGUAUACAACAUUAUGAGAGGCAUAGACAGGGUAGACUUUGAGAGAAUCUUUUCCCCAUAGCAAACAUGUCUAAGACUAGAGGGUACAAGUUUAAGGUGAGGAGCAUGUGGUUUAGAGAAGAUCUAAGAGAUAGAAAUUUUAUCCAUGAUCACAGGUAUCAUCAUCAUUUACCAAUCCACUUGUGGUCUUAACCCCAGCUAUUUCUAACCUCCUCCAGCCCUUCCACCAUCUCUGCACUGCUCUGAAGCUGAUCUUUUGCCCAUUCCUGUAUUUGCCCAUUUUUCUGUUUGUUGCCAUGUCUUCAUUUGCAUUGGCUCUGAACUCUGGACAAGUCCACUUCCUUCCUCUUUUAAAACAGGCCCUUAAAUCAUAUCACUCUGACUUAAAAAAAAAGUCCCUGAUACUAAUUGCUUAUGUGAUUUGCUGUUAAAUUUUCUUUGCUAAGACUUCUCUGACAUUCCUUCAGAGAUUUUACCUAGUUAAAGGUGCUAUAUCAAGGCAAAUAGCUAUAAAACAGAGGGGAGGAAAAUGAAGUGGAUGAUACCUUGAUGACUACAUCUUCAGUCUGCAGAUGGUGCUGUUGUGUAGUGCCUGCUGUCUUCACUCAAACAACCUAACUGAUGACGAGCACUGGGUAAGGAUUACAAUAUCGAAAAAGUUGUCAUAUUAUUGGAAUAAUUAUAUUUGCACCUCCCAAACUAACUAAAUUUCCAGAUAAUUCUGCAUUGAAACUGCUAUUUCCAGUUUGAUCAUACAAGUUGCUUCAAAUUUUAAUCUUUGUUAACAGCGGAACAUUGUGGCCCCAAAUUUUACCUUUGUAAUGUUUCCAACAGCUCAAAGAAAAUCAUUCUGCAAAAGUUACCAGUAAUCUUGUAGGCACUGUUCUAUUUUUGACCUACACAAACAGCCCUGCUUAGAGAAUUGGGGAAAUGAAAACAAAUUGCUGGAGAAAUCAUUCAGUCUGGGAGCAUCUGCAAAAAGAACACACAAUUACUGUCUUGGGUCCAGUGACCCUCCUUCAGAACUAGAAAAGAUGGUGAAAUUUGAAUUCAACCAAUAAGUUAAAAAAUCAGUUAGUAAAUCUGGAACUGAAAGCUAAUCUCCAGGAAACUAUCUUCAACUGCUAUAAAAACCCAACUAAUUUAGGAAUGUCUCUGCUUGGUCCCAGACCCACACUGAUUCCUAAAUGCCCUUUGAAAUGGCCUAGCAAGUUCUAUCAAGCCACCAUGAGAAUUUAUCUAUGGUUGUACAUGGAAACCCUCAACUCAAGGGAGGUGGUAGCAUAGCAGUAAUGUCACUGAACUACCAAUCCAAACUCUAGGCUAUUGUUUGAGGAUUAUAGGUUCAAAUGGAACACCAGAUGGUGAAAUUUGAAUUCAGUAAAAUUCUGGAACUAUCCUGAGGGUGGCCAUGUACCAAUUGAUGAAUAUUGUAAAAAAACCAUCUGGUUCACCAACGUUCCUUAGGGAAUGAAAUCUGCCAUCCUGACUUCGCCUGGCCUACUUGCGCCACAGGAAUAUGGUUGAUGCUUAACUGUCCUCUGGGCAAUUAAGAAUGGGCAAUAAAUACUAUUCUAGGCAGAGAGGCCCACAUUCUAUGAAAGAAUUAAAAAUAAAUUCAAAAGGCACUGGGAUUUGCAUCUUAAGUGUUGAAACUUGCAAAGCGACAGACCAGGUGCUGGGAAAUGGGAUUACAAUGGUGCUGGUUUAUUCAGCCACUGCAGAAACAAUGGGCUGAAAUGACCUCUUUAUGUGCUGAACCUUUUCCAUGGUUGUGUGGAAUGUAUAAAAUAGGAAGUUAUAAUACAAGGAAAGAAGUUGCAUUUAUAUAGGCCCUUUCAUGAUCUCAGCAUGUCCUGACGCACUUCAUAGUCAAAGAAAUAAUUCUGAAAUAUAAAUUUGGUAUUUGUUUGAAGUGACUGGUAAGCCUUCCCUGAAAUUAAGGACCCAGGAGGUGGAAAUCAUGUUGCUCGAGAAUUGUGCUGACCAAUCAGGAGCUGGCAGUUGCAAAAGCAGGCUUCAUCGGCAGCAAUGCCCAUGAGGAGAAGCCUGGGAUUGCUGAAAGACCAGAUCACAGAUAAUUGAGGGAAGAAUGAGGGUCGUGGCGUGGGAGUCAUGGAUGUGCUGAGGGGGCCAGCAGCAAGGGCACGACUCAACGCACAUCCAUUGCCAGGUUCCUCAAUCAGUGUCAUUAAAUGAACGAAUCCCCAUCCAGUAAUGAGGCCAUAAAAAUAUGGAGUUUGCUUUUCAGGCUUUCCAUGCAGUGACUGCUCUGCUGUUACUGAUUCAGUACUAUCGCUGGCAUGAGGCCUUAAAUGGGCAUUAAUUUCUGUCCCAGAGUUAAUUGGAGCAGAGGGGGGAAACGGUAGCACUGUCCGCCCAAGGCACCCUGCCAUUCAACCACUACCACCCUUGCUGUAGAAGAGGGCAUUACAUACCACCCACAGUCACUGUUGUAUCGUAAUAAUGGUAGCCAAUUUACAGGCAACAAGCGCUCAUAAAGCGGGUGUUAAAGGCAAAGACUGAGUAUCUUAAUUCCAUCCUAUGAUACAUGAAGUCUGCAACUGGUGAUAGCACUGUUUAAUACCUUGAUUGAAUUAAGUGAUUGUUGUUGAAAAGUUACAGACUCUCACACUAUUUGGAGAUGCAACCCUUUUUAAAUUGAGGAAAGCUAUCAGAAAAUAUGGCUGACCAGUGCUUGAGAUUAUGAAAAUACUGCAGAUGCUUAAUUAAUGAAAAGUACCAAUUUCAAGGUUGUAGUCCAAUGGAUAUUUUAACUUAUGUUGUAGAUAAAGGUGAAAGAUUGAUUUGAAGAAUUAACUUGGUUUCUCUGUCUACAGAUGUUGCCAGAGCCAGAGAUAGGGCAAGUGUGUUUGCCAUCCGGGGAGACCGUUCAGCCUUAUACGAUAUUCUAGGAGACAACAAUGAAAGUGAUGUCAUGUAAAAUCAUCAGUGAGGCUCAUGUGGGCUGUAAGUGAGGAGGCACAUUCAGAAAUGCGGUGACUGGGAACCUGUAGUUAACAUGGAGAUUCAUUGCCUCUAAAUUGAGAACUCAAAUUCCCUGAUUUGUGAUACAUUACAGCAACCAGUGAAUGUGGGUUUAAGUUCCAGUGUAUAACGUCCAGUCACGGUAAUACAUUAUAAGGCAAGAACAUUUGCAGUUAAAUUGCAACAUUGAAAAAUAAAUUACUGAAGCAAUCAGAAAUGAAGUGAUCCAAACCUCCACUCAUACCCACCACAAUUGGACUAAACUAAUGAUUGCUCUGGCUGGGUACUCGAGGAAAUUCAAACCUUACUAAUGACAUCAGAGUCCUUAAAAAUCUCAGUCAAUCAGGCUUAUUUUAUGAAGAAAGGUUGAACAGAUUAGGCCUAUACCUAAUGGAAUUUAGAAGAAUGUUUAAAAAAAGGUAUGAGCUAUUCAGGGGAAAGGACAGCGUGAAUUCCUGGAGAAUGUUUCUUCUUGUGUUGGGGACUAAAACUAUGUCCAUACUAAAACUAUGUUCCUCAGCGGUGGGAAGACUACCUUCUUCCAUUUCAUUUCUGAGGAAAGGUCACCAGAUCCGAACGUUAACUCUGAUUUUUCUUUACAGAUGCUGCCUGACCUGCUGAGCUUUUCCAGCAACUUCUGUUUAUGUUCUUUUGGUUUUUAUGAAUAAGAGAUCUCUGUUUUAAGACAGAGAUUGACUGUACUUUUUUUCUCUUUGCUAUUAGACUGUGCCACAAUGUUCCCGAAAUGAAAUGGAGGCUGGGUCUUUAAGUAUAUUGUGAGUGCUUCUUCAAAACAAAAGCAGCCACUGUUGUUUUAAUUUCCAAAAGUGAAAUGUCUAAAGUAAAUUCAGAUUGAAUGUCAAGAUCUCUCUCUAUAGGAAAAUGCUCACACCUUCAGUAGAAAACUGUCAAUUUGGGAAUCAAACCCAGUGGGGCUGAUUUUUAACUUGUUUACAGCAUGUCAAGAGGAAAAAUUUUCAGACAGGCAUUAAUUUAGGCAGUCAGCGCACCCCUGAGAAAUAGAUAGAAGAUGUGUUCUUUAGUUUGGAUGUGUUGGUGGGCACAACACUCAUGUUAAAUUCAUUUUUUCAAGGUAACCUACUCAAUCAUAUGAUCUCUUGGUGUGUGAAAAUUUUGUUGAAUGUAUAAAAGCUGCUUAUUCCAUUCCACCCAACUUUACUUCAGCUGAAAUAUAACAGUGGCAGAUGCAAUACAUUUUCAAGUAUUGCGGAAUUCCUGAGGGAAUCAGGAAUUUCCUUUAUUAUUUAACAGAAAUUGCAGCACAGCACUUCCAAUGUAACAUACUCAAACAACAUAAAGAUGUUUUGCAAUUACCAGUGCAGUUUGCAGCAGAACAAAGGUGGUGUACUCAUCCUCAUCUUUAUAUUGCUCAAACUAUACCUGAUGUCAAAAUUUAAGGGUACACUCAAAGAACAUGUAAGUUGUACUAAAAUAGUUUUUUGGCAUGAUGUUUGUCAACAAUAUAAGUUUGUGGUUCAAGUGUUGGUAGCAAUUCCAUUUUUUUUCUGAAGUGCCUCUAAGUAUAUACAGUAAAGGGGUUAACUCUGUGGCUAAUCAUAGUUAAGAUAACUGCAGAUGCAAAAUGCAGAAACUUAAUCUAUAAAAGUGGCUGGGGAAUGGGGACUGAAUUAGAUAUACAGGUAUCAGAGAUAAUGGGAACUGCAGAUGCUGGAGAAUCCAAGAUAAUAAAGUGUGAAGCUGGAUGAACACAGCAGACCAAGCAGCAUCUCAGGAGCACAAAAGCUGACGUUUCGGGCCUAGACCCUUCAUCAGAGAGGGGGAUGGGGGUGAGGGUUCUGGAAUAAAUAGGGAGAGAGGGGGAGGCGGACCGAAGAUGGAGAGAAAAGAAGAGUUGCAGUGGGAGAGAGAUUCCCUGAGGUUGGUCCGGAGGGUAACUUCUUCCGGUUAGGCAUCCCUGGAAGAGGCUUCGCAGUGAGGUUAAAAAAGCCUCUUCCAGGGAUGCCUAACCUGAAGAAGUUACCCUCCUCCCUCCGGACCAACAGUCUGACUUCUAGUAUCCCCUGGCACACAGAUAUUGGUUGGUCAACUACUUUAGAUUUCUGCGUCUCCCUGGUUUUUAUGCACUUGUUCUUCCCUCUUCUGCAAGGAGAAAGAAAUUAAAUGUUUUGAGAGAAUGGAAGUGUAACAUUUGCGGAGGGUGACUGUGAAAGAUGGAGUGAAAUGGCUACAAGAUGAAGGUAGGUGUCAUUGGUAGCUCUUAAGAUGAAGAGAUGAUGAGGUCCUUUGAGAGAGAAAGAAUGAGGAAUCAAUUAACCUAAAAGGUGGGUUGAUCAGAGGUGUUCUGUACAGAUGCAUGCUGUGGAACUCUAUGCAUUAGUUACUUGAAUGUGGGAUGGUUCUUCUCUUUCUUGCUUUGAUGAAGUCAUAGGCAUUUUGGCAUUGUGUCCCAGAGUGAACUGGCACUCUCCUGUUGGUGACCGCCAUUACCACUUAUAGUCACAACUAUUUGACAUCAAGGGGCUGGCCUCUUUCUUCUGUCCAUUGGAAAGAGUAUUUCUCUGCAAUUCCAUACAACCACGGGGAAACUGGGAAAAUGAGAUGGGAACAAACACAGAAUUUCUUGGCAAAGCUCAGCAGGUCUGGCAGUGUCUGAGGAGAAAAAAAUCAGAGUUAAUGUUUUGGAUCUGCUGAACCUUCCCCAGAAAUGAGAUAGAAGAAGGUAGUCUUCCCAUUGCUGAGACUUUAUUAUUGUGCUUGUAGUCCUGUCCUGACAAGGCUCUAUUCCUAUCCUUGAAGGUACCUCAUAAAUAGAAAAUCUUAAACAUCAGCAGUGGGCUAUCAUCACACCUGCCCAUUCCAGUUUGUUUAGAAACCAGGAAGUAAGAUGCUAAUGCCAGGGUUGACUUAAAGAGUGAGAGCAAUGCUUGUUCCAGCAACUUUCGUGUAUCUGUUAGCUUACACCACUGCAGGCCUAAAUAUUAAACUUUCGGACAUCGAUGCCUGGCCCCAGUGCCAUUGUGUUGUUAGACUGAUACAAGGUCAAUUUUCAAUACUCAAAGACAACGACCUGGAUUAUGAUCUGAAAGUAAAUAAAAUAGUUUACACUUGAUAUUGUCAUUUGUAUAUUAAUAUUGCUUUGUUCCAGUGCUCUCCUGGCUCUUCAUCUUCCAAUCUCCAUUUAAAAAAAACUCACCCUAACUGAUAACAAAGUGUGAAGCUGGAUGAACAC